CUGUGCAGAGCCAUUAAGUCCCAUUCUCAUCCCUGCAAAGUCAACCAGACAGUUCGGGGAGCCAACCGCAUCUGUCAUCUUGAAGCCAUUAGACCAAUUGCAGGGUGAAGGGGGAGGGAGCUUGGCACACUGAUCUCUGUGUGCAGCAUCCCUAGAGCAGCCUCUGUUGUGUGAAAUACAAGAAAGGGCAAUGCGGAGGGAGUAGAUCGUUGGGGGUUAAACUGAGAACAGGAAAGGAAUCUCUCGGAAGCUGCUGGGAUAUGGGCCUUGGUGUAUGGAGUCCAUCUUCUGAGAAAAUUGCUGUUUUGUCAAUGUAAACAAUCUGUGCAGUACCUGCAUUGCUAAAGGGGGAAGCAGAAGAAGAGGAGCAGGAGGAGGAGGGGCAAACACCCUCUUCCAAUGAAAUUUUACCUUCUCCAGCUAGCCCCAGCCUGCCGCAGCUCACCUCUGAACUCUUGCAUGUUAUGUGUUAAGUUUUAGGUCUUAUUCUCCAGAUCAAAUGGCCGACGCAUCAUCAGUGCAUCAACAAACCCCAUAUCGGAGGGAAAACACUUGUGUCAGUCAUGACACACACUAGAGCCUGACUGACAUAACUACAUCAACAGAGAGGUUCGAAAAACAUCCUUCAGUUUAAACAGUUACAUCUGACCAUGGCUGUGACUCCAGCUAAAACAACUACAAGUGUUCUCUCCACUACUGCCACAACCACACCAAUCCUGUUCCCCUCAACGAGCGCCAGAGACAAUAUCACCUCCAGAACAACAUUAAUGACUGUUACUAUAACAACAAAUGAGAGCAGCUUCAACGCCACCUCAUUUCCAGAAGUAGUGAUCAAGGGCUCAGGAAUGGGAAUGGUGCUCGUACCCUUUGGCAUUAUCACUGUCAUUGUCUUAGCAGUGGCACUGAUGUUGUAUAUUCGAAAACGGAAGCGGUUGGAGAAACUGAGGCACCAGCUCAUGCCCAUGUACAACUUUGACCCGGCUGAAGAACAGGAUGACCUGCUGGAACAGGAACUAUUGGACCAUGGCCGAGAAGGCAGCCUCACAGGUCCCAAUGCCAAAACCCUCACAACCUCCCAGGGGACCACGCAGAGGCCCAGUCGUCUGGUCUUCACAGAUGUAGCCAAAGCUCUCAAAGCUUAACAGCUCUUUUCCCAGUAGAUGGUUUCAGUUUGCAGGGGCCACUGGCCUCAUCAAGAUACAGGCCAUUGCUCAGGAAAGAAAACAAUAGGGAAAACAGAUUUGAUGGAGCUUUGAUGAACAUUUUUAUCACUAUGACACAGUAUGUGAAAUGGUAGUGGUUUUCAAAUCAUGGGGAAAAAAACAGGGUGCAUGUAUAUGAAAAGGGAGUAUAGCAAAAAGCAUCACGUAGGAUCUGGCACUGUUAUCAUUUGGCAUACAAAUGCAGUGUGAAUCACUUUUUUAAAAGUCAUGUGUCACUGCUGUUCAGUAGCUUGUCAGUGAAGUUCUUCAGAGCUUUAUACUGUAUAUAUACAUCCAUGCUUCAUAAGGGAAGAGUGAAAAUUUGUGUUAUACUGAUUUUUGUGGUCUCUGACAAGCUUGAACACUGAAUGUGUUACCAUCCUUAAAUGAACUGCCAUUUUAUUUCUUCUUUAUUGAGCAAAGGUGGUUUGUUUCUCUGUGUAUGCAUUAUAAAGGUUUAAAUUCUCAAAA